AUGGCUCCUCGCUCGAUUCGUCAAACUUUUCUGUUAGGGGAAAACAAUCGCUCAUCGAAACAGAUGGAUUCCAACAUCACGAUGGCCGCUUUUGGAGGUAUCAGCGAUGAAUCUAUCUCCGAUGCAGGCCAGUCGCAUACAACGCAAGUUGAUCUCGAAGACCAGCGGGUAUCACGACGAUUUUCGAAACAAAGGAUGCCGUCAGACAGUUCGGAGGACCACACAUCCACAGCAUUCAAGAUCAAUCGUCGAACCAUCUCCGACGCUAUAUUGGGGCUUUCGGACGGCCUCACUGUUCCUUUUGCUCUCAGUGCUGGUCUGUCGAGCCUGGGGACAACCAAAAUCGUCAUCUUAGGAGGUCUAGCAGAGCUCGUUGCAGGAGCAAUAUCCAUGGGUCUUGGCGGCUUCCUGGGCGCCAGGAGUGAGCUUGAAUCAUACAAUGUCACCCUUCGAAACACCAAACUUCAAAUCGAGAAAUACCCCGCACAAACAUCAGCACUGGUUUACGACAUCUUUCAUGCCUAUGAUCUUUCCCCGUCCACAAUCACAUCCAUGGAGAAGAAGCUUCAGUCCUCACCUGAACAACUUCUGGCCUUUCUGAUGGAUUUCCAUCACAAGGAGUCUUUUCCAACCUUAGGUCGUGCCUAUAAGACUGCGGCCACUCUUGCAAUUUCUUAUUUCCUUGGCGGGCUCAUUCCUCUCAUCCCAUAUUUUAUCGUGGCUAGAACCGAGGUUAUGACUGCGCUUUGGUGGAGCAUCGGUGUCAUGGGGAUCACAUUGUUGGUUUUCGGAUAUAGCAAGACCUGUAUAGUAGUUGGAUGGAGCGGAUGGAAGAACGUCCUGGCUGGCACGAAAGGGGGUCUUCAGAUGCUUCUUGUGGGGGCUGCGGCUGCUGGGGCCGCUAUAGGGCUUGUGAGGGCGAUUGAGCAAGGCGGAAUUUAUCUGUGA